CGCAAGCGUGGGGGGCGUCCUCCUCCGGGCGGCAGAGCUGGCUUGUAGAAGUUUACCCUGGCGCAACCCUCGCCCAGCCGGUGCCUGGGAAGUUUCAACCCCAGAGGUCGCCAGUAUUUCCGCGCGGGCGCCCGGCGUGGGAUUCUCCACUUAUUUUACACAAAAUGAAGGCUAGGGCUUCCCUGGUGGCGCAGUGGUUGAGAAUCUGCCUGCUGAUGCAGGGGACACGGGUUCGAGCCCUGGUCUGGGAAGAUCCCACGUGCCAUGGAGUGGCUGGGCCCGUGAGCCACAACUGCUGAGCCUGCGCAUCUGGGGCCUGUGCCCCGCAACGGGAGGGGCCGCGAUGGUGAGGGGCCCGCGCGCCGCGAUGAAGAGCGGUCCCCGCACCGCGAUGGGGAGUGGCCCCCGCUUGCCGCGGCUGGAGGGAGCCCUCGCGCGAACCGAAGACCCAACACAGCCAAAAAUAAAUGAAUAAAUAAAUAAAGUAGCUAUAAAAUGAAGGCUAGAUUUUCAGUGGGACAAACAUUUGCAAAUAAGCCAAACAUCAGGGAGCCCUAAAUGAAAAAGAAAUUAUAAAAUAGGAAAAAAAAAGAAAACCGAAAGAAAUAUGAGUAUUAGAAAUCACUUAGAAAGUAUCAAGUUAUCCAGGUCGCUGUGGAGAAUCUAAUCGCUAAUUCAAGGUCUCAGAGCAAUUCCCUUGGGAAACUUAAAACUCAGAAACAAAAACCAGGAAAUGCCUCGUUCCACAAACAAAGAAAUGAUACUUGGCAUCAUGGUGGGAACUACUGGAAUCAGCUUGCUGCUUCUGUGGUACCACAAGGUUCGUAAACCAAGGACAGCAAUGGAUUUACCUAAAUUUCUUUCUCUGGGUAAUUCACCUGAUUUGAUGCCUUUGCAAGAUGAAAUGCCUAAUGGCCAAGGAACAACAGCGAUCUUUCAAGGAAGGCAACUUCAGAUAUUGGAGAAGUUAAAUGAAUUACUGACAAAUAUGGAAGAACUCAAAGAGGAAAUCAGAGUUCUUAAAGAAGCCAUUCCAAAGCUGGAGGAAUAUAUCCAAGGCGAACUUGGAGGGAAGAUAACUGUUCACAAGAUAAGUCCUCAGCACAGAGCUAGAAAAAGAAGGCUUGUCACAGUUCAGAGUUCAGCAACAAGUAAUAGUUCAGAGGAAGCGGAAAGUGAAGGAGGGUAUAUUACAGCUAAUACUGAUACCGAAGAACAGAGUUUCCCACUCCCUAAGGCAUUUAACACUCAUGUAGAGGAAUUAAAUUUAGAUGCCCUUAUUCAGACGGCUGAUAAUUUACGUAUGAAUGAGUCCAGCAAAAUGGAGAGUUUUGAACUACUUUGUGACCACAAAGAAAAGUUUAGAGAUGAAAUAGAGUUUAUUUGGCGGUUUGCUCGUGCUUAUGGAGACAUGUAUGAGCUAUCUACAAAUGCACAAGAAAAGAAGCAUUAUGCUAAUAUUGGAAAGACAUUAGGUGAAAAAGCUAUUACUAGAGCACCCAUGAAUGGACAUUGUCAUCUAUGGUAUGCGGUUUUGUGUGGCUAUGUAUCUGAGUUUGAGGGCUUACAAAACAAAAUUAACUAUGGAUAUCGCUUCAAGGAGCAUCUAGAUAAAGCAAUCGAAUUUCUACCUGAAGAACCCUUUUUGUAUUACCUCAAGGGAAGAUACUGUUACACUGUCUCAAAACUGAGCUGGAUUGAGAAAAAAAUGGCUGCUACUCUGUUUGGAAAAAUACCAUCCGCAACUGUACAGGAAGCUUUGCAAAAUUUCCUUAAGGUCGAAGAACUACACCCUGGGUUUUCUAAGUCCAAUUACAUGUUCUUGGCCAAGUGUUAUAUUGAUCUUGAACAAACAGAUACUGCUGUGAAGUUCUGUAAUAUGGCAGUGUUGCUUCCUUGUGUUACCAAAGAGGAUAAAGAUGCACAGAAAGAGGUGAAAAAAAUAAACACUUCCUUGAAGAGUUGCUUCACUCACCACUCAUUCUGCUGACCUGGGAGAAGACAGAAUAGCUGCCGAGUGUUUCUGAAACAAUUUCUCCUGGUGGGUCACCGAGGCCAAGCCAGUGGUACAGCCUGCACCACAGACAAAGUACACAAACUCCUAAACUUUCAAGAGAGUUCGCACACGGCUUUGGGAAGGGGGAGUUCCGAUCCAGACCUUCUUGAAUGUGUUUGAUUUCAGAAGAUAAUAAGGUACGUGUUAAAAUUUCUCAUAAAACAUUAAAGAAGUAACGUAGUGUUCCACUAAAAUUUUAACAAUUGUCAUGUCCAUGUAAUUUGCAAUGUUAGUUAUCUUUCUAAAUACUGAAUAUCCUUCAUUGUAACAUGAAAAUCUCUGUUGUGCCUGCAAGUUGUCAAAAAGCUUUUCAUCUGAUAAUUUUUGCAUACUUCUGAAUUAUAAAAAGCCGUAUAAACAGGUGGAUGGGACCGUAGCGACGAUCUUCUAGACCAGCCUUCUCGUUUUACCGGUAAACAGUUUAAUCUCUGAUAUCUAAGAGAACUGGUGAGUGGCUGAGCCAGGAUGAGGUACCAGGUCUUGGAAUCUCAUGCCUUUGGAACCCAUCUUUGAACCCAGGGCCCUUUCCAUUUAACUGAGUGGAGUCCAAUGUGUUUGGCAU